GUGUAAAAACCCAAACAAAUAAAAUUUUCUAACGUUUUAUUGAACAAUACACAAAUUCUAAGUGCUCGUAAUUAAGUUUGAUAAAAUCCCGUUCAAAAAAUGACCGAAGAUCUCAAACUGAUCGUAAUCGAGGUGAACAAGCUGCUCGAAACGGAUUACAAUCUAAUCACGUUCGAUUCACUGUCGCCCGAGUCGCUACUGCAAGUGCUGAUCGAUGUGUUUCGUGCGUUCGAAGCCAUAGACAAGCUGGAUGUGCGGGAGAAUGACCCGGAAGAGACUAACAUCCAGGUGAUGGAUGCGCUGCGGAAGAUCCAGUACCGCCCGCCGGGUGACGUGGACGAUCCGGGAGCGUUCCGGCGUGGUUUGGUGCGCGGCGAGAAGCGGCUGAUUCAUCCGAUCCUGCGAUGGACGUUCGAGAACCGCGAGAGAGUGAAGAAGUCAUCUUAUUUGGCAAAGUUUUUAAUCCCACUGGAUCUGCCACCAGAAGCCAUGUCUAUGCCGGAUUUAAGUAGCUUGUGGGCGCAAUAUCUACAAACCAUGGACGAUUUCAAAGAUGCUCACAGAGCGUAUGAGCAGUCUGUCCAUGAAGGGGCUCAAACGCGCGAGUUGCGCAGCGACAUCGGUGCCAUCGAAACCGAGAUCGAAAACGUUAAGAAACGCAUCGAACGCACUCAAACUCGGUUGGACAAGGUUCCCCAACAGGAGUUGCUUCUUGAAGCGGCUAAUAGUUUGCGCAUUGAGAAAGAACGCCAAAAGGAACUUCUUUCCCAGAUCGACGAGCAGAAACAGGGACUCAAUCGGGCCAGUAUGAUACAAGAUCGACUGCAGAAAGAUUUGCACAAUGCCAAAAUGUCCGUUCAAGGGGCCACUCCGCAAAACUUGAUGGAGAGCAUCAUCGAAGAAACGCAAGUGCUGGAGUUCAUGGUACAGCAAAAAUUACCCCAAGAGUUGCUCCAGCGUAGAUCCGAGGUGCAAAUCCUCCAGGACGUAAUCGACGAACCAAGUAUCAGCCGGACAGAUCUUGUCGAUAUGCAAGGCAAGAUCGAAGAACUGAAUCGGGAAAUUCAAAAACUCGUUGAGGUUCGCUUGGCAGAGUACAACACCCAGAACGACACGCUCGGACCGUUUCGCCAGCAAGCUGCCAUGGUUGCGCGUAACAAAGAAGCUGCCGCCGAACAGCUGGAUCAAAUGACGAAAGAACUGCGUGAGAUCGAUAAACAGCUCGUCGACAAGCAACGAAAGCUGCAUGACACUGUCGGAGAAGUCAUCCUGCGGGGAGAAGAGCUCAAACAAUUCGUGAACACACUCCGCGCCAAGAGCAACGUCUACAAACAGCAACGGGCCGAGCUGGCCUCGGUAAAGGCCGAAGUCACCGAUCUCACUCAAACGUUGGAAAAUCUGAAAACUCAAGACCCAUCGCUCUCGAGCACCCUGUCCCAGGUGACUGACGAAGAUUCCUCCAUGGCCGGCGGUAGCCUGGCUAGCGGUGGGGGUGAAUUCGACAGCCGUCCGGGCUCGCCCGGCAUUGCGUCCCGUGGUAUGACCGAACUGACCCGGCUGGUCGAUGGCCUGCAGCGGGCCGUCACAGCCGCGCGGGAACGUGUCACACCACUGUCGCAGCAACUGCGACCGCUGAGGGAGCGGGUGAUUGAGUUGAAGGACGAGAUGGAUUCAAAGAAGCAGUCCUUCGAUGCACUGGUGGCCACGCUGAAUGCCGAGUCGGCCGUAAUGCAGAGCAAGAUUACCGAAGCGGACAAAGCGAUCAAAUCGCUCGAAUCGCAAUGGCAGGAGCUGCAGCUGGAGUUCGAACGGUCGGAGCUGCUGCUGGAGAAGGCCAACGAGGAGAUCGCCAACCUGGCAGCGAUCAACGAUGGUCCGAUGGGCGGAAAAACGGGACGGGUUUCGCUGAAGGAAGCGCUGACGCAGCAGAUUUUCGAACAGGAAACCGUCGGAAAGCGUCUGGUGGAGGAGAAGUCAACGCUGCAGGGCAGCAAACUGGAGCGACAGCGCCAGCAGGAAAUGUGGGGCGAUCUGAAGCGGUUGUUCGAAGUGAAGAUAAAGUGUUUCCAUGAUAACAAACAGCGUGGCCCGGGUGGGACGCUUAGCGUUAGUCGCGGCGGUGCGGAAACAUUCGUUUUGCAAUGAGUGAGACACGUUGCGUGAACUAUCGAAAGUAAGACAAAAUUGACCAUUUCUAUAUCGUACCGUUCGACGAUCUUUCAAAGUUACAUUGUUUAUAAGAAAUACUAUCAAAAUUUAGCUAAAGCAUGUUUGUUAAUUUAUGCUUGUCUAAAAAAAAAUAAUUCACAUCAAUUAGAUUCUCAUCGCAUUCUCUGCUAAUCACUGGAAAAGUUGGCGUAAUAAUAAUAAUGUCGACUUCUAUUUUUAAAUGGCUCGAAGGUUUUUCAUAUUAUAGGGAGAAAACUAUUUUUCCCAAAAUUGACCUUAUGACGUAAUGUCCUUGAAUGAUUGUGACGUAAAUUAGAGUGACGUAUUACCUACAUUUUGACAAUAAAUUAAUCAG